AUGUGUGGACGCUAUGCUUUAGGUGUCCAAAUGGCAUAUGUGCGACGGUCACUCCAAGAUAGAGGAAUGCCAGUAGACGACACACCAGAAGAUGACGAAGUACGAGAAACAUACAACUUAGCGCCGGGCAACGUUGGUGCCGUCUACAGAGCUGACACCCCAGAGCCAAGCUCACAACCCGAAGAGGAAAACAACGAAGACAAAAAUGAGGAGCAAGAUGCAACCGAGAAGAAGAAUCAAAAACCAAAAUAUAAGCUCCAAAGUAUGAAAUGGGGUCUCAUCCCAUUUUGGACCAAACGCCAACCGAACUAUGGUUCCACGAUGCGAACAAUCAACUGUAGAGACGAUUCACUGAUCGAGGAUCGCGGCAUGUGGACUACUAUGAAGCGCCGCAAGCGAUGUAUUGUUGUCUGUCAGGGAUUCUACGAGUGGCUGAAGAAGGGACCAGGAGGCAAAGAGAGAAUUCCGCAUUAUGUGCGCCAUAAGGACGGCAGGUUGAUGUGCUUUGCAGGGCUGUGGGACUGUGUGUCCUACGAGGGCUCGGAGGAGAAACUUUACACAUAUACUGUCAUUACGACUUCCUCAAACCCCUACUUGAAGUUCCUACAUGAUCGCAUGCCUGUCAUUUUAGAUGCGGGUUCUGAAGCUAUGAAAAAAUGGCUUGAUCCUAAUCGGAAAACAUGGUCGAAUGAUUUACAUAAUCUCCUCAAGCCGUAUGAAGGCGAAUUGGAAUGCUAUCAGGUCUCGAAAGAGGUUGGUAAAGUUGGAAACAAUUCACCUGACUUCAUUGUUCCGGUAGACAGCAAAGAAAACAAGAAGAAUAUUGCGAAUUUCUUCGCCAAUGCCAAGAAGAAGGAAGAUAAAAUUGGCUCUACAGUUGAUAUCUCUCCAAAAAGAGAGCCGGAGUCACAGAGAACUGAGAAUAAUGAAAAGGGCGAAAAUGAUGCAGACCAGCCCAGUUCACGAGGAAUUAAGCGAGAACAUACACCGGAAAGUCUGGGUAUCAAGGAGAAUGACAAGAAGCAGAAGAUACAACCCUCCCCCUCGCCGCGAAAACGAGAGAUGCGAAGUGCUACUCAUAACACUCCCAAGAAGAAGCUUUCUACGACCAAACCAACAGAUGGAUCACAGCAGAUUACAAACUUUUUCAAAAAGUAA